CGGGCGUCGCUGAUUGGCUGCCGGGCGAGCAGGCGCGGGGCAGCAUGGCGGCGCCGGCCCGGCGGAGCGUGGUGUUCGUGACGGGCAACGCCAAGAAGCUGGAGGAGGUGGGGGGUUGGGGGGGGGGCGGUUGCCUAGCAACGCGCGGCCCGGGCCCGGGCCUAGGCCUCAGGCCUGGCUUUGGGCCUAGGCCCGGCCCCGGCGCUGAGGGGCUGCCCCCCGCCUGCCUCCCGCAGGUCGUGCAGAUCCUCGGGGACUCCUCUCCGUACGCGCUGGUGGCCAGGAAAAUCGACUUGCCCGAGUACCAGGGGGAGCCGGACGAGAUCUCCGUGCAGAAGUGCCGCGAAGCCGCCCGGCAGGUUCGGGGACCUGUGAUAGUAGAGGAUACCUGCUUGUGCUUCAAUGCCCUGGGGGGGCUUCCAGGGCCGUACAUAAAAUGGUUCCUGGAGAAGCUCAAACCGGAAGGCCUGUACAAGCUGCUGGCUGGGUUUGAAGACAAAUCUGCCUACGCUCUUUGCACCUUUGCAUUCAGCACUGGAAACCCAGAGGAGCCCGUGAAGCUCUUCAAAGGCCAGACACACGGGCUGAUCGUGGAGCCCAGAGGCCCUCGAGAUUUUGGCUGGGAUCCCUGCUUCCAGCCGGACGGCUAUGACCAGACCUACGCGGAGCUGCCCAAGGCAGUGAAGAACUCCAUCUCGCACCGCUACCGCGCGCUGAGCGAGCUCUCCGCCUUCUUCCGCCAGAGCACCUCCGCGGAGCCCCCCGCCGGCCCCAGCUAGCGGCCCCGGGCUGCCCUAGGGCCCUUCCCGCGGCACCUGGGCCUGCCCGCAUUAAAGCUGCUCCCUCCCGGC